AUGACUCGCCCCUGGACUGAAAUCCACCUCGCCAAAAAGGCCGAGCAGCUCGAGCGUAUCCCCGUCGAGUGGCGGUUGACGCCCGACUUCCUGGCCAAACACGCCGACACGAUCGAUCUGCGCCCGCUGGUCGCUGAGUCGGGCAUCCUGUCCGAGCAGGAGCUGGCCAUCACCGUGCUGGAUGCCACCGCGCUGGCCGAGCAGGUCGCCGCGGGCGUCUACUCGGCCGUCGAGACGGUCACGGCCUACUGCAAGCGCGCUGCUGUCGCGCAGCAGCUGGCCAACUGUCUGACGGAGAUUAUGUUCCGUGAUGCGAUCGAGGAGGCCAAGAAGCUGGAUGAGAUCUACAAGACGACGGGGAAGACGGUGGGCGCUCUUCACGGCGUGCCGAUGACUUUCAAGGAAUGCUUCCAUGUCAAAGGAUACGAUGCUAGCGACGGGUACAUCACACGUACCUUCGACCCCUCGACGUACGACAGCUACCUGAUCGAGCUGGUGCGGGCAGCGGGCGCGGUGGUGAUCGCGAAAACGAACACGCCACAGACAAUGCUGGUUGCCGAGGCCGACAACAACGUCUUUGGCCGUACGCGCAACCCCGUGGUCUCACAUCUGACCUGUGGAGGGAGCAGUGGUGGCGAGGGAUCUGCCGUUGCCAUCGGGGGUAGUGCUCUGGGGAUCGGUACGGAUGUGGGGGGGUCAAUCAGAGUCCCCGCCGCGUGCAACGGCAUCUACGGAUAUAAACCGACCAACGGCAUCCUACCCAUGCAGGGCUUCGCAGCAUCCAACUGGAAGGGGAUGAACACGGGCGUGCCAGCCGUGGCGGGCCCGAUGGCACGCUCUGCGCGAGACCUGACGCUGCUGAGCCGGACGGUGCGCUCCCUGCAGCCGUGGAAGGGCGACCCGGCCGUGAUCCCGCGCAUCUUCGAACAGGGCAUCACCCGGCCGGCAGACAAGAAGCCCGUGAUCGGGGUGGUAUACUCGAGCGGGCUGACGCCGCACCCGCCCGUGCUGCGUGCUAUCCGCGAAGCGGCGGAGAAGCUGGCCGCGGCGGGGUACGAGGUCAAGGACUUUGUGCCGGUCGAUUAUGCGGAGAUCCGGGCUGUGACGGCCGAGCUGUUCACGAUCGACGGGCUGUCGUACCCGAAGCGCGAGCUCGAGGCGGCGGGCGAGCCUGUGGUACCGUCGGUGCAGAGUAUUGGAUUCUGGGGGCGUCCGGCCAAGACGCCCGAGCAGAUGUGGGAGCUCGGCGCGAAGAAGGGCGCCUUUCAGAAGGAGAUGCUCGAUCGCUGGCAACAGGCGGGCAUCGAUCUGGUCCUCUGUCCUGCUGGGCCGCACACGGCCGUCAAGCCCAGCGAGUGGGCCUUUGAUCACUACACCGUCGCAUGGAAUGCUAUGGAUUACCCUGCCGUCAUCAUCCCCUUUACGACCGCCGACCCGGAGAAAGAUCCCAGGGCGACCGACUUUAAGCCCUUGUCUGCCGAUGACGAGCGCAUCCAAGCCCAGUAUGAACCCGAGCUCAUGGCUGGAGCCCCCGUUGCGCUGCAGUUUGUCGGAUCGCGGAUGAGCGACGCGCAGCUCCUGGCGGACGUGGAGGUGCUGGAUGCGAUCCUGAACAAUUAG